UCUACCUUUGCAUCCUCCUCCUCCUUUUAUCCUAGACUCUAUUGAAGCUGAUCGUUGGCCGCUCAGAUCCCUUCUUAACUAUUGAUGUUAUUUUUUCAGACGGGUUUCUGGUGAAUUUGUCAACAUGUCGUUCCUUGGUGGCGCCGAGUGCUCUACCGCGGGAAACCCGCUCACACAGUUCACCAAGCAUGUGCAGGACGACAAGUCACUCCAACGGGACCGCCUCGUUGGCAGGGGUCCCGGGGCAUGCAAGAGAGCAUGCGGUCGAGGAGUAUGAUGGGUGGUCAAGAUCAGAUGAUGGACGAGUUUGCCGCACAACAACCAGGACAGAUUCCCGGGGCAGCACCGCAACCAUUUGCGAUGGAACAAUUAAGGCGCGAGCUAGAUCACUUCCAGACCACUCCGCCGAGGACGGGGUCUCCGGGGUGGGCCGCUGAGUUCGAUACUGGCGAGCAUGCCCGGAUGGAGGCUGCGUUUGCCGGCCCUACAGGACCUCUAAUGAACAAUGGGUCCGCAUUUACGCCUGCAGAGUUUGCUCGCUUCCAACAACAGAGUCGGGUGGGCCUGCCACAAACGUCAAGUCCAGCCACGUCCGCGUCGCCGAUGAUGGCGGGUUAUCAGCGUCCUAUGGGCAUGGGGUACAUGGGUAUGGGAGGAAUGGGCAUGAUGCGUCCAUCCUAUACACCUAUGGGCAUGCAACAACAGCCAGCGGAGGCCGCCACUCAGGACAAAGGCAAGGGCCGCAUGGUCGAGCUCGAUGAUGAGAACUGGGAGGCACAGUUUGCUGAGAUGGAGACGGCGGGCAACCAGAGCCUGGACGAUGAGGCCAACGCGGCUAUGGAGGCGGAGCUGAAUGAUCUCGAUAGGUCAGUCCCCACUACUGACACCGGUAAUGCUCAAGAUUACGGUGCUUUUGAGAGCAUAUGGCAAAGAGUCCAAGCUGAAACGGCGACAAAUAGGAAACUGGCGGAGGAAGAUGCGGCUUUCGAUAUCAACGACAACCUGCACAUGGGAGACCUCGGCGAGUGGGACGGCUUUGACAAUCUCCACACGCGUUUCCGAGAUCCUCAGCUGGGCGAUUACAUGUUCGAAGAGGAAAACGUGUUCCGGAAUGUGGCCAAUCCCUUUGAAGAAGGCGUCAAGAUCAUGCGCGAAGGCGGCAAUCUUUCCUUGGCCGCGUUGGCGUUCGAGGCGGCUGUUCAGAAGGACCCUCAGCACGUUCAAGCCUGGACAAUGCUGGGAUCGGCACAGGCGCAAAAUGAGAAGGAGCUUCCUGCUAUUCGUGCCCUGGAACAGGCGUUGAAGAUCGAUCCCAACAAUCUGGACGCACUCAUGGGUUUGGCUGUUUCGUAUACAAACGAAGGUUAUGACUCGACGGCUUACCGUACCCUCGAGCGUUGGCUUUCUGUCAAGUAUCCUCAGAUCAUCGAUCCUAAGGAUCUGUCAUCCGACGCAGACUUGGGCUUCACAGAUCGCCAGAUUCUACAUGAACGGGUCACCGAUCUGUUCAUCAAGGCGGCCCAGCUGUCACCUUCCGGAGAGCAGAUGGACCCAGAUGUUCAAGUCGGAUUGGGUGUUCUCUUCUACUGUGCAGAGGAAUACGACAAGGCUGUCGACUGCUUCUCCGCCGCAUUGGCAUCUACCGAGUCGGGCACAGUGAAUCAGAAGGAGCAGCUUCACCUUCUCUGGAACCGUCUCGGAGCUACACUUGCCAACUCCGGUCGCUCAGAGGAGGCUAUUCAGGCAUACGAGCAAGCUCUUACAAUCAACCCCAACUUUGUCCGUGCCCGGUACAACCUUGGCGUAUCCUGCAUCAACAUUGGUUGCUAUCCUGAGGCCGCACAGCACCUCCUAGGCGCUUUGUCUAUGCACCGUGUCGUCGAACAGGAGGGCCGCGAGCGAGCCCGUGAGAUCGUUGGCGGUGGCGAGGGCGGUAUUGAUGACGAGCAACUUGAGCGGAUGCUCCAUAUCAGCCAGAACCAGAGCACCAACCUGAUGGCUGUCGUUAGUGGUGCUCAGCUGAUUGCCCGGACGCUGCGCGACCUAGGCGUCACUGUGAUCUUCGGAAUAGUGGGUAUUCCAGUAGUAGAAGUUGCUGAGAGUGCCAUCGACUUGGGUAUUCGCUUCAUUGCGUUCCGCAACGAGCAGGCAUGCAGCUAUGCAGCGAGCGUGUACGGGUAUCUGACAGGACAACCUGGUGUUUGUCUUGUCGUUGGAGGACCAGGAGUCCUCCAUACCUUGGCUGGGAUUGGCAAUGCUUCCGCGAAUAACUUCCCGCUGCUGGUGCUCGCCGGAUCAGCGGAGACCUCAGGCGUCACCAAGGGCGCCUUCCAGGAGAUGGACGCCAUCUCGUUCCUCACGCCGCACACCAAGUUCGCGGUGCGGCCGCCGUCUCUCGCUUUCGUCGCGGGCGCUGUCAAAAACGCGUACCGGACAUGCUGGUACGGGCGUCCCGGGCCGACGUUUGUCGACCUGCCUGCCGACCUGAUCCAGGGCAAAUCCGCGCCUGGGUUCCGCUUGCCAGAGCCAGAGGAAAUCCUCGUCCCGCCGCCUCCCAAGGCAAGCGGGGACCCCGCAAUGAUCCUUAAGGCGGCGCAGUUGCUCAAGGCGGCUCGUGCGCCGUUACUGAUUAUCGGCAAGGGGGCGGCGUAUGCAAGGGCCGAGGGCGGGAUCCGCAAGUUAGUCGAGCAGACGCAGAUUCCGUUCCUCCCGACCCCGAUGGGGAAGGGUGUAGUGCCGGACUCGCAUCCUCUUAAUGUGUCGAGCGCGCGGAGCGCGGCGCUGAAGCACGCGGACGUGGUGCUGGUGCUUGGGGCGCGCCUGAACUGGAUCCUGCAUUUUGGCGAGCCGCCCAAGUGGUCUCCUCGCGCGAAGAUCAUACAGGUUGAUAUCUGCGCCGAGGAGAUCGGUCGCAAUGCGGGCGCUGCGGAGCUGGGGAUCGUCGGCGAUAUCGAUCUGGUGGUUGAGCAGCUGCUGGUUUCUCUUUCGAACUGGCGAUAUGCCUCGUCGGCUGCUCCGAGCCGGUUCCUGUCGUUGUUGGCGGAGUCGGCGAAGAAGAAUGAGGCCAAGGCGCAAAAGGCUGCAUUUACGCCUACGCCGAAGAACUCACCCUUGACGUACCAGCGGGCUUUUCAGAUCAUCAAGACGACGCUGAAUUCGCUGGCGCCGUUUGAAGACGGGGACGUCGUGUAUGUGUCCGAAGGCGCGAACACUAUGGACAUCUCCCGUUCGGUCUUCCCGCUGAAUCAUCCCCGUCAGCGUCUGGACGCUGGCACAUAUGCUACGAUGGGCGUGGGAAUGGGGUAUAUCAUCGCCGCUCACGAGGCGUACAACGCCUUUCCAGCAUCCACGGGCAAACCGAAGAAGAUUGUAGCUCUUGAAGGCGACAGUGCGUUUGGCUUCAGCGCGAUGGAAAUCGAGACCAUGGCUCGCUACAAGAUCCCCGCUCUUAUUUUCGUGGUGAACAACUCGGGCAUAUACCACGGCGACAGUGCUUCUGAGAGCUCGUGGAAAGAGCGACAGGCUCAGACAGCGGCCAAUGACACUAAAUCUGACGACCAGGAUGACGGCAAGAAGGGCCUGCGGUCGACUAGUCUCCUUUACGAGACCCGCUACGAGCAAUUCGGUCCCAUGUGCGGUGGGAAGGGAUACUUUGUCCGCUCGGAAGAGGAGCUGGAGACUGCUACGCGGGAGGGGUUCUUGAGUGAUACGGUCACCGUCGUCAAUGUCAUUGUGGAACCGGGCAUUGGGAAGAAGAUAGGGUUUGCCUGGCAGGGGAAUGCCCAUGAGGGGCAGGCGAAAUUGUGAUGACACUGUCUCGAUUCGAUACUGUUAUUGUAAUAUUCAUAGUCUGCAACAGUAAUGUAGUUGGCAAAUCAAAAUGGUAGCCCU